GUUUAAGAUAGCAUACUGUAAUUAUCCGUCAUAGUUUAGCUGGAAUAGCUCGUGCGUAUAUCCAUUUAUGUUCGAUAGAAAAUGGAAGUUGCUUUAUUUAAACCAGCAGUUGGUUUUCAAUAGCUGACGUUUAAAAAAACCUUAUCCGAGCUGUUCAAGACCUCUCGAGAAGGGUUGGGCACUUUUGAUAAACAAGCGCGUGCGUGCGUCUCAGGCAAUAUAACGGCGAACAUGACAUUAAAGUUUCGUAACUUUCCAUUACGUUAGUGAGGCAGUUUAUUAUUCUUAAAUAUGUGGAAACGAUCGCGAUAUAAACUUUUAACGUGCUUUGCUGUAGCUGGGUUAGUAACAUAUGUAGCUAUCCUCGUUUUUAACAGAACACUACUUCCGAUGAAGACUCCAACACCCAAGGAGCUCUAUGACGUGAUCUCACCAUCAACAUACAGAUUCAUUCUGAACCAAGCAGAACUGUGUGAGAAGAAGAGUCCUUUCCUGGUUCUUAUGAUCCCAGUGACUCUCAAAGACACAAAGGCGAGGACUGCUAUUAGAAGGACAUGGGGUCAAGAUGGCUUGAUUCCUCAUGUGACCGUUUUGCAUUUGUUUGUCAUUGGUCAGCCUGUACAGAGUGACCCAGUACUGCAGGAGCACUUGGAGAGGGAGAGCAAGGAAUAUGGGGACAUCAUUCAAAUGGACUUUGUGGACAGCUACCAUAAUCUCACAAUCAAGACGAUGAUGAUUAUGAACUGGAUAUCCACUUACUGCCAGGGUGCUUGGUAUGCCAUGAAGAUCGAUGCAGAUAUCUUUCUCAAUGUACGUUACCUGGUGGACUACCUGCAUGACCAGGGCGAGUCUUCCAGGAAAGACUACAUCUCUGGAUCAGUCAUCUCAGAUGCUGUUCCUCACAGGGACCGCUUCAACAAAUGGUAUAUCUCAGAGGAUCUUUACCCAGACACCUGGUAUCCUCCAUAUGUGUCUGGAGCUGCAUAUGUCUUUUCUACUGACCUGGCCAGAAAAAUAUCAUGGGCCUCUAGAUUUGUGCGACCAAUUCCACUCGAAGAUGUCUAUGUGGGGUUGUGCCUACACGUCCUGGGUGUGAAACCAAUGUAUGCGACAACAUUUCUGGGACUUGGUAAUCUUUUUGAGGUGCGCAGACUUAAGUAUGAAAGGUGCACUUUUGCCAAGCGCAUUAUAGUGAAUGGGUUUAACCCACAGAAUCUUCUCCGCAUUUGGCAUGACUUCCAGAAGUCUUAUUUUACAUGUUGAUGAUACCUUUAUACCAGGGGUGGGGAACGUUGAUCCUGGAGGGCCUGUGUCCCUGCAUAGUUUAGCUCCAACCCUAAUUAAACACACCUGAACAAGCUAAUCAAGGUCUUCAGGAUACAGGUAGGUUUUUCUUUUUCAGGGUUGGAGCUAAACUCUGCAGGGACACAGACCCUCCAGGAUCAACGUUCCCCACCCCUGCUUUAUACAAUUGAAACAGCUAAACUGUAUUUGAAGUACCUUGAAUCUUUUUUACUUGUGUGUGUUAACUUGUGUGUUAUGUGCUAGUAGCUCUCCAUUCCUUUAACAGAUUGCACACCAUUGAGAUUCAGCACUUUAACAUGCAAGGGAAAACCAAAUACUGUUUCACCGAAAGGGACAAGAGCACUUAUAAAAAAAGGUUGAUAGACAGUUGUCAAGGAGUUGUAGGAUGUAGAAAAUAAUUAAAUAAAAGGGAAAAAAUAUAUAUAUAGAUAAGAGGGGAGGAAAGGUAAAUAAAUAAAUAGGAAAUGUGGAAGUGAAGAUUGUUACGGUGGAAGUGGAAGAGAUUAUUACGUUUUAACGCUUGAAGAAGAAAAAUAAAAAAUCCUGAAUUAUUGUGAUCCACUCAACUAAUUCAUAGUGAUUUUACUCUUCUGCCUUCUGGAGGAUGGCAGAAAAAUAAAGACACUGAAAUGGAGAGGGGUUGGUUAUAAUACUCCAGUCUUAGUCCUGAAGAGGAGGAUAUACUGCUGUGCUAUUUUCAGGAUUUUUUUUUUUUUUUUUUUUUGUAGUGUGAACCCUUCUAAAAUAAAUAACAACCUCUUUAGUCUGUUUUCAACGUUUAAAAGACAGUUUAUUGGCUUUUUUAUGUGUCCUUUUGUAACUUCUUUCACUUUCGAAAUCGUAGGUGUCCUUACAGAUGUAUAAGCUAUUUAUUUUAUUUACCAGAUUGCACUAUUUGAACAAAGCAUGAUUGAGCAUUAGGCUCUUUUUUUUCUGUACUGAAGUUAUUUACCACCGAGGUAUGCACCUUUAGCAAAAAAAAAAAAAAAAUUAUUUUGAUUUGCUCUAGUACAUUUUCAGAUGCUGGUGCGCGAUUUAAACAGAAGGGGGCGCAGUUUCCCUACAAAUAGUGAGUGGGGGAAACGCUAGUGAAUAUUUAGGUUAUGUUCUGAUAAGAAAAUAUUUCUUAAAAUGGUUAAUAUUUACCAUCCAGAUACUUGCUAUAUUGUCAUGGCCAGUAAAUUUACCGCUCAGAGCACAGAACUGU